UGGGAGCAAAACCGAGUUAGCGAUCACGUUGCGUGCUACUUGCCGUUUGUUGUUCGGCCAUGCCCAGGAUAAUCACAGGCAUGCGACUGAAUUUUCGAUAUUGAAAAUUUUAAAUUUAUGCCUGCGUAACGCCAGAGUCGGAACUGAGCAAAACUUGGCAGCUUCUUCCUCACGCGAGCACCAGCUCAACAGAGCAUCCUUACAUCCAAUACAACUAUAUACGAUCCACACGUCUACGGCCCACAACCAGUCUAGCACGCCAUCUGACGGGAAAGUGUCGACACGCUUCCUCGAGCACGCACGUCUGCGAUCAUCGGGUCCAAUGCGCAAUCUAUAAUAAUCUGCCUGGUUAGCCUCAAAGGCACGAGUUCAGUGGGUCGUUUUAUUCAGCCCUUAACGCAGAGCAGUCAAAUUGACUGUACGAAAGUCAGCGUCAUAUAGAACUCGGACUGUAUCAAGCCAAAUCAGAUAGACGCAGGAGAUUGGGCACCAGUCGGCUCGACCACUGUGCACGACAUAAUGGCGCCAGAUUCGCAACACAUCUCCCUUGCUCCCGACAGAUCCUCGUUAAAUCGAGUCUCAUCGAACCAGUCUCCCCCCAACGGUUUAGCCAGCACCUCGCCUCCGACUUCCUCUCGCUACACUUCGAUACAUGGUCGUCACUGUCACUCGGCUUUUAUGCUUCCCAGCCCUACCUCUGAGAAUGGAGUGAACGAAGGCGGGAAGAAGUUCCGGGCAAACAUCAAUAAUGACGGCAAUGCCCACGACUGUGAACAGCAGGAAGAAAUUGCCAUUUCGUCAACGGACAAGACAGCUGGCAAGACAAUAUCUCCCUUCUUGGCGAAACACAUACCGAACACAUACAAUCCCAUGAAUCAUCAGCAAGGACAAGCAAUGAACGAACCCGGAUCGGCAAGCAAUACCAAAUACUGCAAUCGACACCGGCCAGAUAGGAAGUGUCGGAGACAGGCCGAUGGCCCAUCUAUGGAGCAGUUGCAAUCGGAAUUGAGUUCACUUUCACACUCGGACCGUUCGGCUAUAUCGCAUGUUUGGUCUGUCUUCAGUGCUGCACCUGCUAAGCAGCGAGAGCUUAUUCUUCAGGGCAUUCUUAGCGUUGCUUGCUUCAAUCAGCUGUCUUUCAUAUCAGCCCAGGUCCGCGAUCUGAUCAAAAUUGACUUCAUUUCCAUGUUACCGAGCGAGAUCUCCUUGCAAAUUCUUAGCAAACUCGACACAAUUUCACUUUGUAAAAGCGCCCAGGUGAGCAGGAGAUGGAGGCAGCUAGCGGACGAUGAUAUGGUCUGGCUCAGGCUAUGCGAGCAGCAUCUGGGCUCGAGAUGCCGAAAAUGCGGAUGGGGUCUACCAAUUUUAGAGAGGAAGCGACUGAGACAGGAAAAAAUGCAAAUUGAGCUGAGAGCUAAGGGACAUGCCGUGGAUGAGAAUAGGAUCCCAGGAGAUAACAUUGAAUCUGGAUCGGACCACGCUACUAGCCAUAAGAGGCCUCGCGAAGACGAUCCUGGAGACGUAUUAUCCGACUCGAAACGACAAUGCUCAGCGGCCAGCGAUGGUUGCGAAAACAAGUCUCUCGUCCGACGACCGUGGAAAGACGUAUACAAGGACAGAUUCAAAGUUGGUAACAAUUGGAAACAUGGCCGAUAUACCUUGCGCACAAUUAAAGAAGCCCAUACAAACGGCAUCACUUGCUUAAGCUACGGCCCAAACUGUCUCGGCGAAAAUAUUAUCUGCAGUGGAAGCUACGACGCAUCUGUGAGGAUGUUUGAUGCUGAUAGCGGUGAACUCUUGAAGACUUUCCAUGGCGCCACUCAAGGCAUACGAUGCUUGCAGUUCAACAAUCGCCAACUCAUCACCGGCUCACUCGAUGGUAACGUGCGCAUCUACGACAUCCAGAGUGGGGAUCUCAAAAAGGUUCUUACGGGCCCUGCCAAAGGCGUUUUGUCAGUGCACAACGAUGGCAAUUACCUCGCAUGUGGUAGCAUGGAUAAGAAUAUAUACAUCUGGAACGCUGCAACCCGGUUGCAGACCGUAAUCCGAGGCCAUACAGACUUUGUCAAUUCCGUUUGGGUUGAUCUCCCGUCACGAACACUUUUUUCUGCAUCGGACGACUGCUCCAUAGUUCUCUGGGAUCUGGACACCAGACGUCCGAUUAAGCGCUUUGAGGGUCACGUUGGACCUGUGCAACAAGUUAUUCCAAUGCCACCGGAGUUUGAGCUUGACGAGUGCGAUUUGGCCGAUUUGCGACAUGAAUACGAUACUGAUACCGAUGCGGAACAUGAGCAACAGAGACUGACCCCCCCGGUCAGUCUUCUGAACACGCCUAUAUUCCCAGAAGACAGCAAUCGACCUAAUCCCACACCGUCGUACAUCCUAUCCGCAGGCUUAGAUGCGACGAUCAGACUUUGGCAUGUUUCCAGCAGCCGCUGUGUUCGUGUUUUUUUCGGCCACCUUGAAGGAAUUUGGUCGCUUGCAGCUGAUAACCUCCGCAUUGUGAGCACCAGUGAAGACGGAAGCGUGAAAAUAUGGUGCCCUCAGGACGGCACCUGCGAGAGAACGUACACGGGUCACGCAGGUCCUGUGACCUGCGUCAGUCUGAGCGGAGAGCGCCUGAUCACCGGUGGAGAGGAUUGCGAAAUCAGAAUAAUGACAUUCUCUGACUAGGCCGCUUCUCAGUCACAUUUUUGACAUGCGGCUGUAUAAAUUCCAACACAGACCUGGAAGUUUAUUUGGUUUGGUUUUGCGAUGUAGAGUUUUUGACUUAUAACUUCGUAUCCUGCUUGAGCGGGGCUGCAGAUGCCGAGUAUCCGUGCGAAAGGAAAUAGUCCCGAUCGAUUACAUGCAACAUGAUUUUGAUGAUACCCACACUGGCUGGCGAUUUACUGGAAAUUUAGUAGACGGUGUGUUUUAUGGCGCUCUACAUUCGCAGAAUAAAAUCCAAUUGACUUUUCUCUGCUUGUAAAUCUAAUCAACCUGUGCUUGAACGCGAGUGGUUUGCAAUUCUUUGUUCGGACCACGGACGGAAAUUUUGUUCAAUGUUUUCAUCAAGAUCAAGAUGACUCCAGAUCUGCUGGCAUGAUUCAUCGCAUCAAGCAUGCAGCCACGAGGGAAAAAAAAAUUCUCAUCUCACUAU